AUUCUAUCAACUUGUAAAAGACAUUGCUUAUGUGAUGUUUUUUUUUGUUACUCAAUAAAUCAUGGCAAAGACACCUUGUCCCAUUGAAUUGGAGCCUAGGACUUUGAGUGGAGUGGAGCUAACCCAAGCAAGGGAACUAGCUGCUGAGGUGGUUCAAAACAUGGAACCAAGUGAAGCAGCAGCUGUGUUUUUUGAGGGGAUUAUGCAUCCAAUAAAGGAGGAGGCACAUAUGGAUAAAAAUAACUGCAAAAAUGAGAAAUUAAUUGAUUUCACAAAGAAGAAAGAGACUAUACCUUAUGAGAAAGUUUGUCAAUGCCAAUGUUCAAGUUCUACUGAAAGCCCUUUUUGUAUUGUUGGAGCAAAAGAGCCUCUUUCUGCACCAUUUUGAUUUUUCUGUCAUUUUAGUUGUUAAAGGUGUUUAUUUUUUAUUUUACAUGCCAAUAAAUACCUCUCAUUUUUAGCCAA